AUGACGGGAGCACAAUCAUCAUCCGAGGACAUACCCGCCCGUGCCGUAAGGACACUUGGCCGUCAAGUGGCUUCCCCCGGUAGCCAGGAUGAUACCACUUCAGGGUCCAAUGGAGGACUUACCCUGCGAAUGCUACGUUACAUCACCUUUGCGCCACAGUUGCCUUGUAUGCUGCGAGCGGAAGGAGUUUCACCAUCUACAGUCGACCCGAGCCUCAGAUCAAUGCUGAGGUGGGUGGUCAGAGACCACGCAGGAAGACAGGCAAAGGAUAAGCUGACAGCUGCCCGGCUGUAG